UUCAACUUUGGCUUUCACUGUACUAAUUCCCUGAACGGCAAUAACAAGAAGGGGAGUGGGGGGAAACAUGGGAAAUGAAAGAAAAGAGAUCUGAGAAACUAAAUCUGCAGGGGAAAAGCAGUUACCAGAGUUUAAGUGAAACAGCUCACAGAUGCAAGCAGGGAGGUAGAGGGAGGAGAAAAGGCUGGGCUUAAGCAACCUGCUACUGGGAUUUAGACAAAGGCGGGUUGAGAGACAAAGAACAAGGCGGGAUCAGUUGCUAAUAUCAGCAUGGGGACAGAGCCAGCAGCUGGACUCCCAGCAUGAAACUGAAUAAAUUCACAGCGUCUCCUUCAGGGUAGGAAUUACUGGAGUAUGUACCAAAAUAAGAACUCAGAGAAAAAAGUAAGUUUGGGAAAGGACUUAACAGAUUUUCACAGUCUUUGAAAUCUUGCUCCUCUUGAGGCAUGUCUUCAUCGAUGCGUUACCUCUUUAUAUUUUCUGUCUCUUGUGUAAUCAUUUUUAUCGUGUUCUACGUGUUCAGUUUUGGGGGAGAGCAAAGCUUCCAGAGGCUGAAUAAUUCAGAAACUUUGAUGUUGACUCAAGUUUGCACAUCCUUUAUCAAAGGCAAAACACCUUUCCUGUGGAGAAACAAACUAACAAUAUAUGAGAAGUCUUCUUGCAAAGAAUACCUGACCCAAAGCCACUAUAUCACAAGCCCCUUAUCUAAAGAAGAAGCUGAAUUUCCUUUGGCAUAUAUAAUGGUCAUCCAUCACAAUUUUGAUACUUUUGCAAGGCUCUUCAGAGCUAUUUACAUGCCUCAGAACGUCUACUGCAUUCAUGUGGAUGAAAAAGCAACAGUUGAAUUUAAACAUGCAGUGGAGCAGUUAUUGAGCUGCUUCUCAAAUGCUUUCCUGGCUUCCAAGAUGGAGCCAGUUGUGUAUGGUGGGAUUUCCAGGCUCCAGGCUGACCUGAACUGCAUCAGAGAUCUUGUGGCCUCAGAGAUCCCGUGGAAGUACGCCAUCAACACCUGUGGGCAAGAUUUCCCCCUGAAGACCAACAAGGAAAUAAUUCAGUAUCUGAAAGGGUUUAAAGGGAAAAACAUUACCCCAGGGGUGCUGCCCCCAGCUCAUGCAAUUGGACGGACUAAAUACGUCCACCGAGAGCACCUGGGCAAAGAGCUUUCUUAUGUGAUAAGAACCACAGUUCUGAAACCUCCUCCUCCCCAUAAUCUCACCAUUUACUUUGGCUCUGCAUAUGUUGCUCUAUCAAGAGAGUUUACCACCUUUGUUCUGCAUGACCCACGGGCUGUUGAUUUGCUCCAGUGGUCCAAAGACACAUUCAGUCCUGAUGAACAUUUCUGGGUGACGCUCAAUAGGAUUCCAGGUAUGUGA